UCUGUUGACAAGGACAUGCAUCACUGUGUAUUUGUUACUCUGUACAUACAAAAAUGGCCAAACAUUGUUUUGUUUGUUGGCAUUUUCCAUUGUUACUAACUUGUACUGGUUAAAAGUAUGAUUUAAAGAAGAAGAAAAAACGUGUAUGUUUUGCAAACCAUGUUUAGUAUAUCUGAGAGAGACAAUGACAAAUUCAUGGUUCAACAAGAUAUUAUAGUCAUCAAAAGGUAGAAUUUUAGCAUUGAUAUACUUAUGAUACAGUACUUUACAGUUUUUAUUGGUCACAGAAUAUAUGACAUGAAGGGGUGAUGUAAUUAUCUGAAUUACUGUAGAUUUGAAUAGUUUAGUUAAUCAAAAGUGAAGUAUGGUUAUAGGUCCAAUGGGUGUUGUUCAUAUACCACUCUCAGACUCAAAAUCAAUAUAUUAGAUACAUACUAUUUAUCAGCAUAUUGACAGAUUAUUGCUAUCAACUGCUGGUUACAAGUUAUUUUACCCUGUUUGUAUCUUUUGGAACAAUGGCAAUUAAGUUGAUUAAAAUUAAGUAGAAUAGAUAGAUGGGCUACCACUGGUGUCACAGGCAUCACAGGUCUUGACCACAAUGUUGCGAUGCUUCUUUAGGAUCACGUUGUUGUUGUCAGCGUAGAAGAGUACAGAGAUGGGACUGAGCUUGGUGGGUGCGCAGCAUGCUUUGGGAACCUCAUCUGGCUUCAGAAGGUGAACCUGCCAUUGAAAACGGGUUCGUGAUUGUCGACAGGUGGACAGCGACUUCGAAGAGGAAACAACUGUCCUGGAUGAGGUCCAGUUGGAUGUGCCAUUGGAUGAUGUGCCAGAUGUUCCACAGCUGCCAGUCCUCCUUGAUGUCCAGAAUGCUGCUAUCAUCCUUGAGGAUGUGCCAGAUGUGCAGACUAUCCUUGAGGUACAAUUUUCUGAAAGUUUGGGGUUUUAUGUUUGAAAAAUAUCCCAGAUAUUCAAGUUGUGUCUCUUUGACAUGAAACAAAUCUCUUGUCUGCUUUCUGCUUUAGAAGGCCACUGGCAAUUGGCAGUUGAUUCCAUUAGGUUCAGCCCCCUGUACUGUGGGCCUGUUGUGAUCAGGAACAAUGCCGGUCCGGUUGUUAAAGCUUGGAGAACUUUACAGUUCAUUAGCCCCAUCAUCACCUACAUACGUGGGGGAUCCCAGCAGGUGGUGGUGAGGAUGCACCACGUUAGUAGGGUGAGAGGCCUGGAGACUCAACUGGUGUGGGCCAUCUCCAAGGAGACAGCCAGGCUUAGUCCAAAGGGCAUCCCCUACUGUGCCACCAAAGUGCAGUCCAUCACUUGGAUCCAGCGUGUGGCUGGCAGGGUGGCCCACUAUGUGUCUCACCUCCGCCACGAGACGUCUGUGGACGUGACGCUUGGCUGCUACCAGCAGACUGAUGUCUCAGUGGUGUACGCCACUCUCCACAUGGGGCUGGACGUGCUUCUCUCCUCUUCAGCGUGGUCGGAGGCUGCCUCCUUCUCUACGCCCACCACUCAGCAGUUCACUGACCCAGAGCCUGAGGGCCACAACGGCUAUAAGGGUUGGGAGGAGGACCUGCUGCCUGAGGAGAGGGAGGUUCCUCUGCUAAACCUCUACCUUACCACCAAGAGAGUGGAGGACAUCGCCCUGAGGCUCGUCUCCCUGCGCCAGGCCUUCCCUACCCUGCUUCGUUCCACCCUGAGCAGGAACCAUGUGUUUGUGGCGGGAAAGGUCCUCCUGGGCGCACUGGUUCAGGCCAACCACAUGGACGGGGCCAAGUUCAUCCGUACUUAUAACGACUUUGUGGACUACCUGAGUGACCCCUCCAAGCGGAAUGACAUUGAGAGGGAGCUGGCUGAGGCAAAGAUCCAUCAUGUGAACAUGAUAGAUGUCGUUUUUGAGCUGGUGCUGUUUGGGAUGAUGACAGCUCAGAAGUCCCUGAUGGUGCACCCCGGUGGGUUUGUGGAGCGUCUGUACGCUCUCCUGUACUCCUUCCUGCCCACUGCUGCCAACAUGGAGCCAGAGGCUGACAGAUACCUGCUGCUGCUCAAUGUAAGAGUCAAGAGGUUACUUCCUGUUUACUUCCAUAUUCUUAGUGUACUUCCUUAUUCAUGGUUAACCAGGUUCCAAUGUCAUUUUAGGGGGAGUAUUUCUAAUUGUUUCUCUCCUCUUGAUAAGCUAGUAACUCAGAGCCAUUUUCUAUGUGUUGUGUGGUGUUCUCUUCAGGGCGGGCUGAUGGCUCUGCUAGAUGACAUGUUUGGCCAGCAGCUGGCUUGGUACUUUAACCCAGAGUCUCUGGUCACGGAGCUCUCCAGCCUCCUGGAGUACCACUUGGAGAACCUCAUGGCCAGCAUGUAGUCCUACUGCAGGGACCAUACUCCUUUCUCCUUCUCUCUCUCUUUUGAAGGAAUUAAGGACUUGAAGUGCUUUGUUGAUCCCUGAUUAGUUAACACCCAUUAAUUUAAUGUAUUCUCUUGUUUUCUCUCCCCACAGGAUUCUUGUGACACUUUGCCACCCAAGAGGGAUCCAGACACCAAUGCACUACAUUACUUUGCACUGAAUUUGACAUUUUUAAAUAAAAUAAG